AUGCACUUUACACACUCAUUGCUUCUCUUUGGCAUUUUCGCUGGAAUCGCGUUGAGCUCUCUUGGCGCGCGAUAUGCGCCAAUCACUCCUGAUCCAAAUGUUGAGCCGGCACCGAUCAUCGGGCAUCGUCAGCACUUUUUACCCUGGCAUGUUCAAAACAACCCUACAGAAACCGAGGGCCUAUUCGAGCCUGCCACGCCGGCAGAUGCACCCAAGCACCCUUUGGAGCGUCGUGAGCAAAAGCUCGCUAGCCCCCUUGACUACCGCUGCGGUGAAAAACAUGGAAGAUGCCCCAGUGGUACCUGCUGCUCCAGCGCAGGUUUCUGCGGCACUACAAAGGCACACUGUCGUUCUCCAGACUGCAAGAUCGACUAUGGCCAAUGCGAUGCCCACAAAACACCGAAAGGUCCUCCCACGAAGGACAUCAUGCGGCCCAAAGUCGGAGUUGUUCCAUAUGGUCCGCAACAAAUCCGAUCUUGCUCAGUCCCAGGAACGGUGGCUUUGACGUUUGAUGAUGGUCCCUCUCGAUAUACCGGUGAUCUUCUUGAGCUACUCGACAGGUAUGAGGCACCGGCAACAUUUUUCGUCACUGGCAUCAACAACGGCAAGGGUGCAAUCGAUGAUCCUGACUUGCCUUGGGCUUCCUUGAUUGAACGUAUGGUGCUCGGUGGUCAUCAAAUUGCCAGUCAUACCUGGUCUCACGAGGAUCUCAGCAAGAUUACACCCACUCAACGUAUUGAUCAGAUGGUCAAGAAUGAAGCUGCUCUUCGGAACAUCAUGGGAAGUUUCCCCACCUAUAUGCGCCCACCGUUUUCCAGUUGUGAAGAGGGAUCUGGAUGUCGUGAAGAUCUGGGUCGCAUGGGAUACCAUAUCGUGUUGUAUGAUGUGGACACGGACGACUACAAAAAUGACAAUCCGGGCUUGAUUCAGAAAUCGAAGGACAUGUUUGACAAGGCUUUGGCUUCUGGAAAUCCUGCCUCACAUUCUUGGUUGAUCAUUGCCCACGAUGCCCACGAACAGACUGUUCACAACCUCACAGAACACAUGCUGCAAACAAUGUCACGCCUCGGAUACCGCCCUGUCACCGUCGGUGAAUGCCUUCGAGACCCACGAGAGAUGUGGUACCGCAAAGAUAGCCGCUGGACCGGGCACAUACAGAAAAAUACCAAGAUUUCCCACCAACAAGUAUCAGUUGACGGUACUUGUGGCAAGAACUACACUUGUUCGGGCUCUAGCUUCGGACUGUGUUGCGGUCAGUGGAAUCUCUGCGGAAACAGCUCCAGUCAUUGCGGGCAAGGUUGUCAAAAGGGUGCUGGCUACUGCGCCGUGGAAGUACCCCACAAUGGCGAUGCGUGGGACUCAACUGUUCCGAAGAAAGGGAAUAAAUCAGAGGGAGACUCCGAGUUUCGAAACCUCGGUACUGCGGCCGUGACAUCUUUGUUCCUGGCAUUGAUUGUGGCGAUUUGGAUGUGA